UGUUAACUAAAAUUUAAUGCAAGUUACAAUCUAGCUUAUAUAUUAAAAUACCAGUAACCUUCUGAUAUAGAGAGUUUUUACUUUAUAAGAAGUAAAUUAUAUAGUCAACCUUUAUAUAAAUUUUAGCUUUAAAAAAAAUAGUAAUUAAACAAUGGCUGAUAUCGAUGACUCUGAAAUACCUGAUAAUGCAGGUCGUGUAUCCAGACCUUCAUUUGCCCAAGUGAAAGCAAUUGUGGAAUUCAUGGAAAAACAUCCAGACUUGGCUCACCGAAAACAAAAAGAUGGUAUGAGUAAUGAAAGGUUUAAAACCCUUUGGAUGGAACUAUCUAAUAUAGUUAAUGGUCUAGAAGGUACUACAAAAUCAGUAAAAGGUUGGAUAAAGUUCUGGUCAGACAAAAGACGAAGUAUAACAUUAAAACAGAAGCAAAUAGCUGAAGGUAGAUCAACUGAUCCUCUGACAGUCCUCGAGUUAAGGAUUCUAGAUCUUACCCCUAAUAUUAAGCAUACAAAAAGAAAGAGCUCUGUCAAACAAGAAGCAUGUAAUGGCGAUGAUGCCAUGGACAAUAUUUUCCGUAAAGAGGAAGAUGUUGGAUUCCCGAGCAGUGCUAACCGGUUACUAUCUACUGAUACAGACGAACGACACAUGAGUGUUAUGGAGAAAUUGGUAGAUGUUAUGGACCAACAGGCCUUAGCAUUGUCCCAAAUGGCGGAAGCUACUCUCAACAGUUCUAAAGCUCUGGAACAAAUAGCGGAGGCAUCACAUAAACAGGCUAUGGCAGUAGACAGAUUGGCAGGAACAUUCGAAACAAUCAAUGCAUCAGUGUUCGACGUGAGGAACGCAGUUAUGAGUAUUGACUACACAAUGAAGCGUUGCUACACCACACAGCACAGGCAGAACUCUAAUAUAUUCACAUAAGAUUAAUCAGUGUUAAAUAAUGUAAAUAUAAUAUUAACACUAAAUGAGA